UAAUCGCCUUUCUUCGCGUUAAUUUUGUUGCUACGGUUGUAUGGCCGCUUUUCUGCAGACACACAUAGGAUCUCUAAUUCACGUGUGGAAUAAUGAGUAAUCCCACACUGCGUCCACGGCUGUUUUGAUUCAAUGCUGCUAUUUUUUUUAAUCUUGCAUUUCCGCUCCAAUGCUGGGAAAAAUCUCAACCUUUAAUCGACCUCACUCAAGCUAACGAAGACGAACGCUGGAAGAGACCUGCUGUCUGACAGCUCUCAAGUGCAUCUUUAUAUAUCUUUAUAUAUUUUUCAGCUUGAGACUUUCAAAACCUUUUUAGGUUAUCCGUCCAGUAAUUGCGAUUUCAAUAGCUUGAUUAACAGUUUUAAUGAAUUAAGAUUACUACUACUGCUAGUAAAGAUAAUAAUAAUAUAAGUGAAUUGUUUCAUCAACGGUUCUCAGACAUUACGUCCUUCUGGUUAACAAAAUUUGAGCCUUUUGCUCUUAUUUAAAACGUAUUUAAAAUUAAAUGCUAAUUUUAAUGUAAGUUUUGUUAAAGAUUUCAGAUGCAAAAACAAACCACGCGUGUAUGAGAGUGAAACACUCCCACGCGGAAGUGACUUACACGUUAGGCCAGUCGUCUGUCAUUUCUAAGUUAACGUUACUUUCUAUUAGCCAUUAAGAAAUAUCAUUAGAUAUUAUAAUGAUUCCCGAUAAAGCACCAGGCGAGGAUGUGUUGCACGCAUCAGGAGACUUAAAGAAAGAAGCCCACGUCCCCACCUUUGAAAAAUAUAAAGAGCUCUACGUCAAAUCUGUCGAGUCUCCCGAGGAGUUCUGGGCGGAUUUUAUCAAGGAUUUCUUUUGGAAGAAGAAAUACAAUGGGAAGUUCCUGGAUUACAACUUCGAUGUGACCAAGGGGGAAAUUUAUGUGAAGUGUAUGGAAGGUGCCUCAACCAACAUUUGCUACAAUGUUUUGGACCGCAACGUCCAUGACAGGAAAUUGGGGGAGAGAGUGGCUUUUUACUGGGAAGGGAAUGAACCUGGUGAUCAAAAGACAGUGAGCUACAGAGAACUGCUUCAACAAGUCUGCAAGUUCGCCAACGUCCUCAAGUCACAAGGUGUAAAGAAAGGUGACCGCGUAUCUAUUUAUAUGCCCAUGGUAGUGGAGCUGGUGGUAGCCAUGUUGGCCUGUGCUCGGAUCGGAGCAGUGCACUCUAUUGUGUUUGCAGGUUUCUCCGCAGAGUCGCUGUGUGAAAGGAUCAUGGACUCUCGCUGCUGUCUUCUGAUCACGGCAGAUGGUUUUUACCGCGGUGAUAAGCUGAUCAAUCUGAAGCUCAUAGCUGAUGAGGCUCUACAGAAAUGCAGGGACAAAUCCUUCUCAGUGGAGAAAUGUAUAAUGCUUAAACAUCUCACAAAGGAAGAUGAAGGCACGACCCCUGGCUCGCUGUCUCCACCGGCAAAGCGUGCCUGCCCUGACCUGCAGCAGGAGAAACACAAUGAAAGAGUAAGACGGGUCCAUCCUCCCCCACAGGUGCCGUGGAAUCCUGAGGUGGAUAUGUGUUGGCAUUCUCUGAUGUAUGAAGCUUCAGAUGAGUGUGAGCCUGUCUGGUGUGAUUCAGAAGAUCCACUUUUUAUCCUCUACACAAGUGGCUCUACUGGAAAACCUAAGGGUGUAUUGCACACAGUCAGUGGCUACAUGCUCUACACCGCCGCCACCUUUAAAUUUGUUUUUGAUUACCACCCUGAUGAUGUGUACUGGUGCACUGCAGACAUUGGUUGGAUCACCGGUCACUCAUAUAUUACGUAUGGGCCAUUGGCCAAUGGUGCUACAAGUGUUCUGUUUGAGGGUCUGCCCACAUACCCGGAUGUGAGCCGAAUGUGGGAAAUUGUUGACAAAUAUCAAGUCUCCAAGUUUUACACGGCACCCACUGCCAUCCGUCUCCUUAUGAAAUAUGGCAGUGAGCCUGUACAGAAGUAUAAACGGGAUUCUCUGAAAAUAUUGGGUACGGUAGGUGAGCCCAUAAACCCAGAAGCCUGGCAUUGGUACUACAAUGUGGUGGGAGAGAAGAGAUGCCCUGUGGUGGACACCUUCUGGCAGACUGAAACGGGUGGACAUGUGAUGACCCCUCUGCCGGCUGCCACUCCUAUGAAGCCAGGAUCUGCUACGUUUCCGUUCUUCGGGGUUGUACCUGCUAUUCUGAAUGAGUCAGGCGAGGAGCUCGAAGGACCAAGCGAGGGUUAUCUAGUCUUUAAACAGCCUUGGCCCGGGGUGAUGAGAACUGUAUACGGGAACCAGCAGAGGUUCGAGACCACCUACUUUAAGAAAUUCCCCGGAUAUUAUGUAACCGGAGAUGGGUGCCGUAGAGAUAAGGACGGCUACUACUGGAUCACAGGAAGAAUAGAUGACAUGCUGAAUGUAUCCGGGCACUUAUUGAGCACGGCAGAGGUGGAGUCGGCUCUGGUGGAGCAUGAAUCUGUGGCAGAAGCAGCUGUGGUGGGAAGACCACACCCUGUGAAGGGUGAGAGUCUCUACUGCUUCGUCACACUCAGCGAUGGAAUCAACUACAACCAAAAACUGGAGGCGGAGCUUAAAAAGCUUGUGAGGGAGAAGAUUGGAGCAAUAGCUACACCUGACUACAUACAGAAUGCACCCAGUCUCCCGAAAACUAGAUCAGGUAAGAUCAUGCGGCGGAUCCUGCGGAAGAUAGCAUCUAAUGAGCGGGAUUUAGGUGACGUGUCGACACUAGCGGAUAGCUCCGUCAUUGAUCAACUGUUUGAAAACCGCUGCAGUACCACCGUGUGACCACCAGUGUCACUCAACUCAAACCUGCUUUCAGGCCCUGUAUGAGCUGCAAGGGGGGUUAAGUCUGGAGAGCUAGAUUGUGUAAAGCUAGCAGGCCGACAGAACGCUAAAGGCUUAUUCAGAGAUGUAUAAAUCCUACCGCAGUUCGGCGACUUUUAAAAAGAUUUGGGAUUGAUUAUGGUCUUUCUAGAGGAUUUUUAUAAAGGAUUCAAUUGUAUAUUAAAAAACAUUUUUCCUUCCUAAAACUUUAUUUUUGUUAUUUACCAUAAAUAUUUUUUGUUAUUUUUAUUUUUUUUGCUUUAGCACUAUUGUGCAAUUGUGUCGUCUCCAAUCCAUUUGAACACAAACCUGGGUUUCUAUUUUAAUUUCUGUCUCCAUUUCUAAACGCCAGUUGUGUCCUUUUUGUCUCUCUUAUGUAUUCAUUUUCAAUUACCUCCUUUAUUUGGGUUAUUCAUAUAACAUUAUAUGACUACAUUGUUCUAUCAAUUAUCAAUGUGCCAACAUAACAGAAAACUUAAUGUGUGAAGAACCAGCUUGUGAUUUUUAGAGAGAGCAUUUCCUAUACAAGUCAAAGCAUACAGUAAUGCUUAGCAGGAUAACGUGUUGUAAAGCAGAAGUAUGUAAAAAUAUCCCUCCAACAGUUUGCAGCUCUUCCUGAUGAGUGUGCUUGUGAUCUGUCUGCUAGUUAAUUCCUUUAUGGAGGUUUUAAAUGAGCUUUGAUUAACCUGCAAUAGAUAAACACUGUGUAUGUGCAUCUUAAAACUCAUGCAAGAGUCGAUGAGUCUAAGAGAUCUAACAGGACAAUAAUAGCCAUUCUGUUUGUAACGUCAAGUUUUAUUUAAAUCAGUGGAAGUGUUGAGGACCAUGUGCCAUUUAGAAAUACUGUCAUUUAAUUGUGCAGACAUUUAUGAAAGGCCUUUCAGGUGAGGAGUGAUCAAAUUCCAGGUUUCACCUGCUCUGAAUUUGUCAGUUUUUUCAGGUUCAGCUGGUGCUGUUCAUUCAACUAGGCAUUAAUAGUUUUGUGAGCUUUUUAUUGAUCCAGAAGUGGAUGAAUAUUAGCUGCGUUUAUCAGUCCUCUAAAAACACUCAUACUUUCUGGGUGAGCAACUGUACCUUUAAAUUCAGUUUAAUGUAUGUGUUUCUUUUUAAUUGUAAUCAUUUUAUUUGAAAAAAAAUGUCUCAUACUAAACUGGGUGAAUAAAAGUGCUAAAAUGAAAAAA